AUGGCAACUGUAAUGAAACGUCAAAAUCAAAGCCUACAGUAUCUUGAACAAGUCCGGCAACAUUUAUCUCGUCUGCCAUCCAUAGAUCCAAACACAAGGACACUUUUAAUUUGUGGUUAUCCAAAUGUUGGGAAAUCAAGUUUCAUAAAUAAGAUAACUCGAGCUGAAGUUGAGGUACAACCUUAUGCUUUCACUACAAAGUCGUUAUUUGUUGGACAUACAGACUACAAAUAUUUAAGAUGGCAGGUAAUUGACACUCCUGGCAUUCUUGACCAUCGCCUGGAUGAUAGAAACACUAUUGAAAUGCAGGCAAUUACAGCUAUGGCUCAUAUAAGAGCUUGUAUCAUUUUUAUAAUUGAUCCAUCUGAGCAGUGCAAUCAUUCUAUUGAAGAGCAGGUUGAACUUUUUAAAAACUUAGACCCCUUUUUCCGGAAUAAACCGAUAAUUAUCGCUGCUAAUAAAAGUGAUAUUAUAAAGAUGGAUGAAUUACCAGGUGAUAAAAGGAAAGUACUGAAUGCUUUAGCAGAAGAAGGUCACACAAUUCUAGAAAUGAGUACAGUGACUGGUGAAGGUGUGGUUGAGUUAAGAAAUGAAGCAUGUGAUCGCCUUUUGGCCCAGCGUGUUGACGCCAAGUUAAAAGGGAAGAAAGCUAGCAGCAUUUUAAACCGAUUAGAAGUUAUAGAACCAAAACCAAGAGAUAACAAAGUCAGAUUGCCUUUUAUUCCUGAGAAAGUGCUUCUGAAAAAGCAACAGAUGGAGGUUGAAGGCAAAGAAAACAGAAAAUUGGAAAGAGAACUUGAAAUGGAACUUGGUGAUGAUUAUAUACUGGAUUUAAAAAAAAAUUAUGUUAUCCCCGAUGAUGAGAAAUAUGACAUUAUUCCUGAACUGUGGGAAGGACACAAUAUCGCUGAUUUUAUUGAUCCAGAAAUUAAAGAAAAAUUAGAUAGAUUGGAAAGAGAAGAGGCAAAAAGAGAGGAAGCAGGUUUCUAUGAUGAAUCAGAAAGUGAGGAUGAUGAAGAGAUGAAAAAUAUUCGUGCCUUGGCAAAAAAAAUUCGAGAAAAGAAGGGAAUUUUGAAAAUUGAAUCUCAGUUGAAGAAAAGUGUCACAAAACCAAAACUUCCCAGAACAGCUAAAACGAGAACAAGAAGUGUCAGUCGAUUACGCAGUGAAAUGAGAAACCUUGGUGUUGAAUUGGGUGAUGAUAAGGCUCACUUUGAUGAUGCUGCAGUUGGUCGCACAGUUAGACCUGUGAAACGGAAGAGAGAAGACAGUGAAGGUCGUGUGCGUAGCAGCUCUAGAACACCAAGAGAUGAAUCAGGCAUUAGAGAUGUUAAGAUGAGGAAAAAAGCAAGGAAACUGGCGAAAUUAGCUCAGCGUCCUGGAAACCUAAAAGCCAGAAAAGGUGAAGCUGACAGAAAAAUCUUGAACUUACGCCCAAAACAUUUGUUUGUUGGUAAACGAACUCUUGGAAAAACAUCACGGCGGUGAAGUGAAUUGUUCAAAAUAUGAAUGCAUAGAUUUGGUUGUACAGAAUAUAAAUUUUAAUAAAUCAGUUAUAUUCAUUAUGAUCA